AUGUCGCCAGGGAUAUCCUCACAAGCGUGGAAGAUAGGCCACGUGGCUGCUCCGGAAGAGCAGCAGCAAUGGCACGACGACGCGGAUGUGGUGGUGCAAAACGACAAAAGCGUCGUUUCCGAGUCUGGUGAUGACCAGAGAACAGCAUAUGAUCCAGGCGACGACUCCGACUUCUCAAACUCACCGGAGGCGGCAAUCAAUUUCGUGAAAGCCAUCAGUCUCUCAGCACUCAUCCAUCCAACACACGAGCCGUGCUCCAGCCCAGAGCUCGUACCAAAAUCCUCGGUAUCAUCCGGCUCCCUAUUGAACUUAGUCGAAGCGCAAACUCUGCUCACGGAAACGUGCCAUAUGUUCCACAUGUCUAUCCAGGUGUUUCAGCAUUUAACCGACUCGUAUUUUGACAACAUGACCGCCUUUUCCCUCUUCCAUCGGCCUUCUUUUGGCCAAAAGAUUCAGGAUAUCAAAAACCCUCUUCAUUUACAGGCAUUAUUUGCUGCCAUGUUUUCGUACUCGGCAAAGUUUGAGCCUUCGAGCUCGUCGGAAUUGCGACGAGCUCCGAUUUUUCACCAAUUCGCGUUGGACCAGAUCGAAAGAUCUAUCAAGCAACUACCAGACCAACCGCCGCCCCUUUGUCUGCUCCAGGCCAUGACCAUUGUUACAUUCUGUGAGCUGACGAAAGGCGUACGAGCGCGAGCGUGGAGGCUCGUGGGCUCCUGUGUCCGGCUGGCCUACGAACUUCAUAUGCACCUGAUCGACUACGAAGCACGUGAUGAAGACGUCAAGAUUGGUCGCGAUCUUGCGCGCUGGACAAAGGACGAGGAGCGAAGACGAUGUUGGUGGGCCAUCUGGGAAAUGGACACUUUCGCAAGCACUAUCCGUAGAUGUCCCACCGCUAUCGACUGGAAUAUGAUUGACACAUAUCUCCCCGUCCAGGACACGUUCUGGUUUAAUAACCACUAUCACCCAAGCUGCUUUUUGGAAGUCGAGUCGACUGAUCAAUGGAAGAUGCUCACAAAGUACGGAAAUGAAAAUCCGAAUUCCUGGAUCAUCGUCAUCAACGUCAUCAUGAGAACUGCUCAGGUUCUUCUUCGAGGAAAUCUUCAUGGGGUCCUGCUCAACGUGAACCCCCACAAUAAUUCUGACCAGCUUCUUCACUAUUUUCGGAAUUCCUUCCGCAAAAAAAGGACGCAAGAAGACUCGAUGAGGUUGAAGACUCUCAUUCAGGCGCUUGAGAAUGUCACCACCAACUUGUCGAACUCACUACUAUACCAGGGAGAGCGUCUCGACUUUGGGUGUGACGAAGCAGGACUCGUCUUGGACAUCGACCGAGCAAAAUUACAUUCGACUAAGUACAGCAUCUAUGUCACGAUCCAGCUUGCUCGGUUCAUGAUAUAUCAUCAUUACGCGUUCGGAGAAAUCAUCUCCGGCACCAUAUUCUCGGAAAAGCACAAAGCCGAGAAGCAGCUCCACUCGUCAUCAGGCCGAGGACCAUCCCAGAAUACGCAAGGCCUGCAGAAUUGCCUUCAGGUGGCUGACGAUAUGUGCGCUUUGAUAGAGAGAUGUGCAAAAGAUCAUGUCAGAUAUGUCAACCCUUUCCACGCAAGCACAGUGUGGUUGGCAGCAUCGCUCCAAGUCCUGCGAGACAUUUUCAGCACUGGCGAAGAUAUGAGCCAGACGAAGGCCAAAUGUGACACACUCCGCAGUACCUGUGGGGUUUUCACCGAAUUCUGGCAAACUCCCCUAGCGUUGUUGGAGAAUCUGGAUUCUUUGGCUAGCCGGCUCUCGUCUUAUCGUGACUUGUCACUUGUAACAGGUGCAAAGAAACAUAGUAUGACUCCAGCAAGUCAGCCUCCAAAAUUGAAUGCGUCUUUCGCCGCACGACUGACACAGCCACAGUAUGGAACUGCAGAUGAACCUCUGGGCGCCCAGAGUGAGUUUAGGAGUUCAUGCAUAGCCACAAAUGGGCAAUUUCUGGGAUCAACCAGUGGCAGUUAUGACGAUGGGACAUCAGAUGCGCACUUGGCUGCACUCGGCCCUCCGUUCCAGCCACAUAUCUCCUGGGCGGACGCUCCGAUGGACUACAGCGCUGUCAGGACAAUCAUUGAUGGCCAAAUUCCUCGAGGUUUGUCGGACUCUGAGUAUGGACAGCCGUGCCGCCGUUCCACUCCUGGUCAAGACUUCUUCACAAAUUACGAACUGGACUCGAGCAAUGAGGUUGAGUUAGACAAAGCGAUAUCGCAGUAUCUUUUGGACAUGUUCUCGGAGCAAUGCUAG